AAAGAUUCCUGCAAAAGGAGGGGACAGGGUUACCGCAAAAUAAAAAAAACAUUUUUAUUAUAAUUAUAAACACUAUAAUUAAUUAUUUUUGUUUUCUACGAAGACUUGGUUUUUUUUCUGGAUUUGCCUUGCUUCGUCUUCCUGCGAUAACCGUAUGUGUGUGUUUGUUUAUUUUUGUUCCCCUCCCCCCACUUUCAUUCACUUUUCUACUUAAGAACUAUGUUUAAAAUUGCAAUUAAAGGCCGAAAAAUAAUUAACAAUUAUAUAAAUAUAUCUCUUUUAAUUUAUUGUUUUAUUUCGUUACUGUAAUAAUGCGGGGGGGGUAUGAGGAAGACGUUGCGUGUGAGAGGAGUGUAGCGUAUUUUAUUCAAAUGAAAGAAGACGCAAACCAAAUUUUUAUAUAUCCAGUGGAGUUGUGAGGGAAGAAAAAUAGAGACAGAGAAGAAGAGAUUGUAACUGCUAGUGUUUAUUGUGUGUGAAUAUAUAUAGAGACAGAGAGAAAGAGACAAAGAGACAGACAGACAGAAAACACCUAGUGUUUAAUUGUUAUAUUAUUACUAUUAUAAUAUAGCGAGAGAAGUGUAUGAGCUUGUGUUUCAUAUAUAUAUAUAUAUAUAUAUAUAUAUAUAUAUAUAUAUAUAUAUAUGAAAUAUCGAUACAAGGAUGUAUGUAUGUCUAUAUGCAUCUUGGAGCGGCACGUGUAAAUUCGAUAGAUAGAUAAUGUGUGAGUGGUGCGCCUGUUUUGCAACAGAAACGACAGUUGCAGCCACGUCUUGGUGAAGUUUGUCGGGGAAAUUAUUAAGAAGUAGAAGUAAAAGAGAGGAACUAGAAGGGGAAGAAAAAGGAAGGAGAAGCAGAAUUAGAAGGUUGAAGGAAAAGAAGAACGAAGAAGAAGCCAAAAAAAAAAUCAGUAUUACAAGGUUGCAGCAGAAGAAAGAGAGGAGAAUUUGGCAAAAUCCGAGCGACGAUAUGGGACCAUAUUAUCAAUAUAUUAUUACCUGAGAGAAGUUAGAAAAUGUCUGUCUUUGCUGACAGCAACGAUGUAGUUGGCAAUUCUGCAGCCCCUACUACUACUCCGUCCACACCUGAUAAAGAUGAAGGAAUAUGUAUGAUCUCAGCAUCUCCCAGCAGCCCAGAGGAAGUGAAACAAGCAGUUCCCUGCUCAGUUUCCGUCGUUGGGUCAAUGCCACAGAAUGAGCAUCUUAUUGCUAAGCCUUGUUCAAGUCCUGUUGCAGGCAUGAAAAAAUAUCCAGGCAGGGAAAUGUUGCUUCACGUCCCAACUGUCAGUAAAUCUAAAGUGGCUAAAUUUCACAAACUCUUCAAAUCUGUGCCUCGGUCGGAAUCUCUAAUUGAUCAUUAUUCCUGUGCAUACCAAGGAGAUAUUCUCCUGCAGGGACACCUGUACAUAUCCCUUGGUUGGUUUUGUUUCUAUUCCAAGAUCAGAGGCCGUGGCAGGCAUAUUGAAAUCCCUCUUGACAAUGUUCUUUGUGUGACCAAAGAGAAAACAGCAUUCAUCAUUCCAAAUGCAAUCGGAGUACAAACCACAACAGAGAAGUAUGUUUUUGGUUCAUUUGUAUCCCGUGACGCUGCCUACAACUUAAUGCAAGAUCUCUUUGACCGUUAUCAGGAACUGUCUGGAGAUUCUUUUGCUGAGGAAUCUGGGAUUUCAGCAAAGUUUAAUGAAUCUGGAGUAGCAGCUUUGGCAAAGUCAACGUUGUCGAUGCCACUGAGUAAAAACAACCUUUCUGGAGCCAUCAUUCAUCCAUUGAUACCUAAGAGGAAAAGCCAUUCAGAAUCUAGUGUAUUUUGUUCGGAUUACAGUGGUGUCGCCGAAACAACAGAUUCUGAAGAUAACAAACUUUGCCAACCUGGAAAAACGAAAACUUACAAGCGAACUCCAGUGAAGGCAACAAUACCUUGUGUGAAAACCCAGUUUACAAGUUCGACACCCACUAAACCUCAAGUAUCGCAGAAACCCUCAUCUGUUGGGUCCAGCCAUUCCAAAAAGCCUGUUACUGUCCAUAAUAGCUGGUUCAUCAUGCCUUAUUUGUCACAGUGUUUCAACUGUCAACAGACAUAUGAAUCUAUAUGCCAGUUAGCCCUCAAGUUACUACGGUUACCAAAGGCACACAUGGUACUAGCAAUAUGUGCAGCUAUUAUGAUAUUCCUGCUGGUAUCUGCCGUCACCCUCACAUAUAAGGUGCUGUUAAUCCAGGCCAAACUUGAUACUCUGCAGGUUUGGUCACCUGCCUUAAAAAACUUGUAUAGAGAUAAAAUACAUUCAGACAUUUACAUGAUGCGAGCCCAGAGUCAUAGUGCAUUGGUCCAACAGCUACACCUCGUUUUAGAGGCUAAUAUACAUGUAUUGGAAGAAGUGAGUGUUUUAAACAUACAUUUUGUUGUUAUUAUUAUUAUUGUUGUUGUUGUUUGUGUUUGUUUUUUUCGGUGUUUAAUCCUUAAUAUUGUUUGUUGAAGCCAAGCUUGAAACUGGAUUUGUUUUCCUUGUCCUGCCAAUUUUACAUAUUUUGUUGAGUCAUGUGACUGUUCAAAUGAUGUUUCCAUCACUCAUCUGUUGUGCCUAUGGACUGAUUGGUUAAUGUACAUUCAAGAUCAACCAAUCAAUGUAUACUGCAUAUAUGUAUGCAUGUAAGUGUGUGUGUAUAUAGUAUGUAUAUAUAUAUACUCUUAUUCUUGCAAACAAGUCUACUAUUGCCAGUAACAAUUGUGUAAACAAAGAAAAACAUGAAGCUUGCGAUGUGAUGUGUCUUACCUCAAACUACACAUGCAUGUGUGCAAACAAAAGGACACAGUGCUAGGGAGGAAAAAAUUCUUAAACUGACCACUACUUGUAAUGGUGACAGUAUCUUACAGUCAAGGCCUUUGGUAUUUCCUCGGAAUCAGUGCAUUAUCCAACAUAUUUUUCAGUCUGCUAGUUAUGAAGUCAAAAAGAUGUCAGUUGGUCUUUGAUACCAGUGUGGGGUAAAGAAAGAAUUUGUAAAAUAUGUUCAUCGAUGUGAAGAUAGCUAAGGAGUUUGUGACCAUGUUCAGAUGUGAGAGGUCAUGAAUAUAACAGAAUUAUGGUAAUUGUCUUAAGCAACUAGCUGAUUUGGCUCCAAUCAAAUAAAUACAGAAAUAUAAUUCACUGCUAAUUACGAAAAGGAAAACAUUUGUUACAACCAGAUUGAAAUUCAACAAUAAUUAAAUUUGAUUCAUACUAAAAUACAUGUAUAAUCUUUAUUACACAUGUGUUGUGUUAUAUAUACACAUACACAAAAUAAUGGAAACACCUUAAAAUUUCAAACAAAUUUAUUUUAAUAUGGCGUAGGACUGCCUUUGGCGGUAAUUACAGCUUGAAUUCUACGAGGUAUAAACUCAUACAAAGUUUGAAUUGUUUCCAAAGGAAUUUUUCUCCAUUCUUCAGCUAAAACAGCCUCCAGUUGUUGUAGUGAUUAUGGUGGAGGAUAUCGACUCCUUACUUGUUUUUCUAAAAUGCACCAUAACUGUUCAAUAAUAUUGAGAUCUGAGGACUGUGGUGGCCAGAUAAAAUGUUCAACUUCACUAGAAUGUUCCUUGUGCCAUUCAGUAACAACUUUAGCUGUGUGAAUUGGUGCAUUAUCAUCCUGGAAGAUUGUAUUUCCCUCCAGAAACAGUUUUGCAACCAUAGGAUGAAUUAGAUCAGAUAAAAUGCUUAAAUAGUCUUGACUAUUAAUUCUGCCAUGAAGGGAAACCAUUGGGACGGUGGAUUUCCAAGAUACAGAUCCCCAGAUCAUCACAGAUCCUCCUCCACAUUUAACAGUUGGAAAAAGGUAGUCUGGGUCAAAUGCUUCUUUUGGCUGUCUCCACACGUAUAUUCAGCCCAUGGUCAGAAAUAAGGUAAAGGAUGACUCGUCUGAGAAAUAACAUUUUUCCACUGCUCUAGGGACCAAAUUCUGUAGGUUUUUACUCCACUCUAAAUGCUUUGCAACGUUUGUUUUUGAAAGUAGUGGUUUUCUGAUUGCAGCUCUCCAGUGAAAUCCAGCUUUGUGAAGCUCCUGGCGAACAGUUUUUGUGGAAACUGGGUUCUUGAGGUGGUCAUUAAGCUCUGCAGUAAUUUUGGGAGCUGUGCUUUUGUGAUCCUUUCCAACAAUUCGCAAAAGAGUCUGACAGUCCCUAUCUGAAAGUUUUGGUUUUCUUCUAGAGUUUUGUUUUGAUGAGGAGGUUUUUCCCUCUUUCUCAAAGGCUGUCAUUACUUUCAAGACAGUACUUCUUGAUACACCAAACAUUUCGGCUGUUUUUGUUACCCUAGCGCCUGCCAUAUGAGCACCAACAAUUUGACCUCUUUGAAAGUCCAAUAGAUCUGUCAUUUUAAUUACCUUUUUCGGAUGAUAUCUAAAAAGAAAUAGCAAUUUUAACAAAACAUAUUA